AUAUAAUUCGGUGCUUAAUUUAAUAAAAAUUCACUGAACAAUUGGGAAAAAAGAAGUACUUCCAGACAGGGAUUUUAUUUCCUUGGGAGAAUCACAGAUCUUGACAAGGAGAAUGUGAGCCAGGACCCGCUAGCCCUGUCCAGUCCUUAGCACAGGAAUCAUCUGUUAUCUCUGCAAAUCCCAAAGUGGGCUGAGGAUUUGACCUGAUCUCCUUUGGCACUUAGAGGGCCACCAUUUGUUUGGUGUAGAUAUUGUAUCCACUGGGAUACAAUUGGGAAAGAGAGUAAUGGAAGAAGCAGAGGAUCUGGAUUGUAAUCCCACCUCUAAUUAUGGCUACUUGAGUGACAUUGAGCAUUUAGCCCCUCUAGGACUCACUUCCCCAUUCUGCAAAAUGAAAUGGUGGAGGAAAUGCUCUCUGAGAUUCCUUCUCCUUCUAUGAGUGAUCCUGGGUUCUAAUUCUUCUUCUCAUUGCUACUUGUGAAAUUUUAGGCAAUUUCUAACUUGCUCUAACAAAAUGAGAUUCUGGGUAGAAUCAUCCCUAAAUCUUUUCUAAGCCCUAGCAAAUGGUUUCAUGACAAAAAAUUCAUUCCCCGGUGGCAACCAUUUCAAUGCUGAGACUUCCCAUUCUGAGCUAGCCUGGUCCUUGGAUGGCACAUAACUAGGCACAAACCCCUGGUCUUUCUAAUCUAACCAGAACUGCCCAGACCUUUGGGUUUAGAAUAAGAGGAUGUGGGUUUGAAUCUCAGAUUUCAUUUACUACCUAUGACUUUGUCAGCCUCUCUAAGCUUCAGUUGUUCCUUCUGUAAAAUGGAGAUGGAGAAAGGAGAUGAGAUUUAAAGUCUUUUUCAAUUCUAAAUCCACGAGUGUGCAAUGGGUCGUGUUAACUAUUAAAGGACACCAAACAAAAUGGAUUAGAAAAAUGGAUCCAGCCCCUGAAAGCACUUACCUUCUACUGGAACAUGUGACAUGUAAUUUGAGGAUGGGGAGAGUAUGAAGAAUAAUAAUGGCUUACAUGGCACUUUUAGGUUUAUAUAACAUAUUAUCUUAUUUGAUUCUCACAAACACCAAGUCCCUGGCCAGCUCUGGGCCUCAGUUUCCCUAUUUACCAAAUAAGUAGACUAGAUUGAACAAACAACAAGACUCAAUUAGAGGACCUUCAAGGACCCUUCUUUCUUCAGGACUCUUCGUCUCUGAAUUAAAACUAAUGGAAUAGAAGUUCCUUGAGGGAAAGACUUGCUUUAUUUUUGUCUCUUUCCCUAAUUCUGGCCUGAUAGUUGGCAUUGUAAGUGGUUAAAAAAAGGCUUAUUGAUUGGAAAAUGAGGAGAUCACAGAAUUUGCUCAUCAGCAAAAAAAAUUCUUGAAUGCAUGUGGGAUGGAGACCCUGCCUCCCAUACUCUGAGUCACAGGAUCACUAUUAGGGCUCAGGCAGAUCAGCUUCUGUUACUGACUCAGGUAAUUUUCCCUCCUCUCUUCCCUUCAGGGAUCAUGUAAUUGGAAUCUGAGAAGUCUCUGAUAGUACACUGCCAUUUAGAGAACAAGUGGGGGAGGGCUUUGGACGGCUUAGGACAAGAAAUAGCAUCAUGUCUAAGGCAAAGGAUCAGAGUGUCAGAGCUGGGAGGGGCCUUAGAAGAGGGGAUUUCAGAGCUGGAGGAGGCUUAUAACAAAGGAUGUCAGAUCUGGGAGGGUCUUAGAAAAGGGAAGGUCAGAGCUGGGAGGGUCUUAGAAAGGGAAGGUCAGGGCCAAGAGGGGCCUUAGAAUAGAUGUCAGAGCAGGGAGGGGCCUUAGAACUGGGAAGGUCAGGGCUAAGAGGGGCCUUAGAACAUUUGAGAAGGUCAGAGUAGAGAAGGGACUUAGAACAGGGAAGAUCAGGGCUAAGAGGGGCCUUAGAACUGGGAAGGUCAGAGCUGGGAGAACUCAGGAUGCUAAUCAAUUAGUCAACAAGUAUUUAUUAAACACCUUUAUGUGCCAAGCACAGAGGUUAUAGAGGUAAAAGGGUAAAAGUCCUUACCCUAAGCUUGCUUGCCUUUCCGAGAGAAGACAACAUCUGCAUCUAUAUGAGCAUGCAACAGAAAAAAUAAAUAAAGCAAACUCAAGGUGAUCUUAAACAGCUCUGCACUCACAGCUCUGGAAAAGCUUCCUGCUGAAGGUAAUGGUAGAGCUGAGUUUUUAGGAAAAUGCAGGAAAAUUAAGAAGCAGAGGAGGAAAUGAUGGGAAAAGACCCUGUAGGCAGGGGAAUAGUGAGUGAAGGCAAGGGGGUAGAUGGUCAAUAAGAGUUCUGUGUGAAGAACAGCAAUAGAGCAGGGCAGCUGGAACAGAGAGUGUGUGGAGGGUAGCAAAGAUAAGAUUACUGGAAGGAUAGGGGAGAACCAGUAUGUGCAAGGCUUUGAAUGACCAGCUGAGGAUUUUCGAUUUGAUUUUGGAGUUAAUAGGGAGCCAUUGGAGUUUAUUGAGUGAGGGGUGAAGAGUAAGGGACGGCCAAUCUGGUCAGACUUGUGCUUUGGGAAAAUCCAGCUGAAUCCAGAUUGGAUCAGCAUGGGGAGAGACUUGAGACAGAUAGACCCACCAGAGGCUAUUGCUGUAGUUUCUCCUGAUCCAAUAUAAAACUGAUCCCUUUGUUUGGGAUGGUGGUAUUUGUCUUGGUGUCUAGGGCUGUAACAAAGACAUUGUACACCAGACUGGAAACUUGAUAGAUACAGCUGUUACUGAUCCCCAAGUCACUCAGAAGCUGGAGGUACUGAGCCAGGUACUCUCACUAGCAAGUAACUGCACCUCUCAGAAAUCCAAAGACAGCUUUACAGUUAACAUGAUCCCCUAACGCCUUCUCUUCUCAAGGCUGAACAUCCCUAAUUCCUUCAGUUAAUCUAUAUAAGUCUGGUUCACUUUCAGCUCUGACAUUUCUAUUCUAAGACCCCUCUCAGCCCUGACAUCCCCUGUUCUAAGCUCCCUCCCAGCUCUGCCAUUCCAAGUUCUAAGACCCCUUCCAGCUUGAAUAUCCCAUAGUACUUAGAUCCCUUCCAGCUCUGAGAGUCUCUUCCUUUAUGGGCCUACGUGUCAGUGAAAAGAUCACCUUUGGACUCAAUGAACCUAGUUUUGUACCAUGGCUCUGCUCUCUCCUGCCUGUGUGACUCGGUCACUUUCCCCUGGCCUUCAUUUUUCCCAUCUGCCACUUGCAGGGCUUGGACAAGUACUCUUCAAAGUCUCACUGUUCUCAAAACCCAGAAAAAGAAAGUCCUUCACAAUCCACCCCGGUGAGCCGUGUUCUCUGCCUCCAGUUAUCAGGUCCCCAGAAGGCAGAUUUAGCUGGUGUCGGGAAAGAGAGAACAUUUUGAGGAGAGUUGGGUUUGGCAGGGCUCCGGAGAGGCGGCGGAAAGUCAGGGUGGGAAGCAGGCAUCCCAGGCAUCCUGCAGGCAGGCCUCCCUGGGAGUGAGGAGGGGCCCCCCUGAUUCCUGAGGGCCUGCCCCGUGCCAACUCCUAAACCAGGAUGGCCACCGGGUGAAGGAGCUAACAAGGCCCUCUCUGUCUGUGCCCUGCUAAGGUUUCAGCAGACCCUUUCAUCAGUCAGCAGCCCUGAGAGGUCUAGCACCUCCAAGCCUGCUCUGUGAUCUAACUGGCUCUAGGGGUGGAGAGGGGUGAGGUCUCUGAUCAAUGGGCCCUCUUGUUAGGUGGGGAGCUGGAGGCGGGGAAUAAACUCUGGAAACCCUGUGACUCUCUUCUUUUUUUCACUCAAGGUAUUCUCAAAAUAGCCUUGUCUGUUUCUGGCCAUGGUAGGACUGACUGCCAAAGAAAACCCUGUAGGUUUGGAUUUGGGGUGUGGGCCUCUGUGAGCGUGAGUGUGUGUCUGUAUGUGUGAUUGUGAGUGUGUGUGUUUGUGUGUAUGUGUGUGUAACAUUUCUUUCAACUCAGCCUUCUCCUCUCUCCUCUCAGUGUUGGAUGGUCCCUUGGAAUCCCUUUAGCAGGCAACUGGUCCUGGGACGUGGAUGCAUGGAGGUCUGUGAGCUCAAAGCUUUUCAAAGCUGGUGUGUUCGCUGAGCUUUUGCCCUCUGGAGAGGGCCCAAAGUACCCAGACUUUGGAUAAAUGUCCCUGCAAUCUUGGGAUGAGAAACUGGAAGAAGAAACUUGAACAAACCAACUGACUUUCAAGCUGCCUUUCCACACUUAUAUUUCUUAAUAAGAUCCCUCGUUCUCUAGAACUUUUGGAGGAGAAGAAUCAAAUGUAGCCAAAAGAGAAUGACUUGGGUAUAUUCUGAAGAUAGAAUCCUUCUUUUCUGAGCUGAAAACAUCCAGUAGAAGCCAGUAGAAGUUCUUCUCCCACCCACCCUUUCUAGUUUCUCCUUCCUCGAAGACUCAGUCAGUGCUGGACAUGAGCCAUCAGCCCUGCUAUACUAUUCUUAUCAUUUCAACCUGAAAAUCUCCCUUGGAAAGAGGUCUUUCCCUUGCCUGUGUUAUCCCAGACUUGUAGCGCCUACAGGCUACUCCUUGUUCUGUUCAAGCCAUAUCACUCAGUCUCCCCAUUUAGGCCCAUCUUCAGUCUAGAGCUGCUUGCUUUGAGUAAGAAUUCUCUCCUCUCCAUCUCCCACCACAUGACUCCUUCCCUCUUUGAGCCCCACUACUAGACCCCAAGAGGUGAGUCCGGAAUGAACCUGCUAUGGCCAAACUCUGGGUCAAGUUCCAGCGGUAUUUUCGCAGGAAACCAGUCCGUUUCUUUACCUUGGUGGCUCUCUACCUGACGGCUGGCAGCCUUGUUUUCCUGCACUCGGGCUUUGUGGGCCAGCCCGCUGUGGCUGAGAAUGAGCCCAAUCCAGCUGCCAGUGUCCCCGAGGGAGCCGAACUGCCAUACCAGGACCUCCUGCACCUGGAGAGGGGCUUCCGGGAGACCCCCGAGUCUCCGAAUGCUGUCCGAAGAUAUGGUCCUUGGCUCAAGAGCACCUCAUCGAAGGAUUCACCCGAGAGGGGAAGGCUGGGAGACUAUGGUGGGACCUGGAGCCGGGCCCUCAAGGGGAGAAUCCUCAGGGAGAAAGAGGAAGAAAGAGCAAAAUACGUCGGCUGCUACUUGGACAACCCCAACAGACGGGCUCUCCGAGGAUUAUCCUUCUUUGACUACAAGAAGAUGACAGUCUUCCGUUGCCAGGACAGCUGUGCUGAGCGGGGUUACCUGUAUGCCGGGCUAGAGUUUGGUGCUGAGUGCUUCUGUGGCCACAAGAUCCAGGGGGCAAACGCAAGCCAGGAUGAAUGCAACAUGGAGUGUAAGGGGGAGAAGAACAACAUAUGUGGUGGCAUCAACCGACUUUCCAUCUAUCGGCUUGAGCUGGCCCAGGAAUCUGCCCGGCGAUAUGGCAGUGCCAUAUUCCGGGGCUGCUUCCACAGACCUGACAACCUCUCCUUGGCUUUACCUGUGACGGCAACGAUGCUGAACAUGUCGGUGGACAAAUGCGUUGACCUGUGCACAGAGAAAGAGUACCCCCUGGCAGCUCUGGGAGGAAAGGCCUGCCACUGUGGCUUCCCCAAUACUCGCUUCCGCCUUCAUGAUCAGGAAGACGAGCAGCUCUGUGCCCAGAAAUGCGGCGGCGAAGAGUACGAGAGCUGUGGGACGGCCAAUUAUUUCAUCGUGUACCAGACCCAAGUACAAGAUAAUCGCUGCAUGGACAGGCGGUUCCUCCCGGGACAGUCCAAAGAGCUCAUCGCCCUGGCCAGUUUCCCAGGUGCAGGCAAUACAUGGGCCCGGCACCUCAUUGAACUUGCCACUGGUUUCUACACGGGUAGCUACUAUUUUGAUGGCUCCCUCUACAACAAAGGUUUUAGGGGUGAGAGGGACCACUGGCGGAGUGGGAGAACUAUUUGCAUCAAAACGCACGAGAGUGGCCAGAAGGAGAUUGAAGCCUUCGAUGCGGCCAUCUUGCUCAUCAGAAAUCCCUACAAGGCUCUCAUGGCGGAGUUCAACCGCAAGUACGGGGGCCAUAUUGGUUUUGCCUCACAGGCCCAUUGGAAAGGCAAAGAGUGGCCAGAGUUUGUGAAGAAUUACGCACCGUGGUGGGCCACUCACACAUUGGACUGGCUGAAGUAUGGCAAGAAGGUGUUGGUGGUGCACUUUGAGGACCUCAAGCAGGACCUAUUCACCCAACUGGAGAGGAUGGUCAGCCUCCUGGACGUGGAUGUCUUCGAAGACAGGCUCCUGUGUGUGGAGGGCCAGAAGGAUGGAAACUUUAAGCGCUCAGGAUUGAGAAAGCUGGAGUAUGACCCUUACACCCCCGAAAUGCAGAACACCAUCAACUCUUACAUCAAGAUGGUGGACAGAGCCCUCAGGCUGAGAAACCUCACGGGAGUCCCGGAUGACUACUACCCGAGAUGAUGUGGGGAGACAGGAGAGCAAGGGAGGGAAGGAGGAGGGCCAGGGCUCCCAGCUCCAUCCCCUCGGGGCUAGCCAGGCGUGUAGGCUCAAUUCCAGUCUUGGCUUUUGGGAUGACCCAUUUUGGAAGCUCCCUGCAUGGAAACGAAUUCAUCCCUAAGAGGUUGUUUAGCCAUUUCUACCAAUCCAAUAGGUUGUUCAGACACAAAUACACACACACACAUUUUUAUCUUUCUUUCUUCUCUUCCUCCUCUUCAUCCUUUUUCCUGUUCUUCUUCCUCCUCUUUUUCUCUCU